AAAUCACAUCAUCGACUUCCAAACAUAUAGCGUGCAAGGAAUCUUUCAUCGUACCGACUUCCGGUCAUUUUGUCAUUUGAGCGGCCUAGGCGUGAUUAAGAGGCUGAUGACGAAAUUCUGUCCGGAAGGCGGCGACUAAUACUCUUACACGUGUUCUGGGCAUGCUAACGGCGGUCGUUUCUUUCUCUUUCCCUCUUAUUGUAUGUACCAUGGACAUAGAUGAAGACUGCUGCGUUAUAUGUCUGGCCGGAUUCACGGACCCAGUUUGUACGCCAUGUCCUGCGCAACAUAUGUUUUGCAUGCAGUGUCUAAAUGGUUGGAUCUCGGAGGCGGCGGAGGCAGGUAGAACGGCGUAUUCGUGCCCAUCAUGUCGCCGUGCUUUUGACCGAAAGGUCUUGCAGAUCUUCGAAGUCACAAGCGGCGAUUAGAGAAGAGCAGAUCUCAGAGUUCGGAUGAUGAGAGCGCGU